GAGCUCCGCCCCCUGCCUCCGUUGCCGCGGGUUUGAACGCUGUUCCCGGGGAGGCAACGGUGACUACGGCAAGUCAUGGAACCCAGGGUGGUCAAGCCGCCUGGUCAAGAUUUCGAAGUUGAGCGUCUUAAAAGUCGCUACGGACUAGGGGGCAGCUGCCCCGCAGAGUAUGAUUUUGAUGAGGUUAAAUGUAAGAGAAGAUCUCUGCCCUACUCAGAUGAUUUGGAUGCCUAUUCAUCAGGAGAUAAAGUUGGUUCAUCAAGAUUUUAUUCUGAUGAAAGAAAGCAUUGUAUAACACCUCUUUGCGGUUCCUUAAAGCACUUAAAUGUGAAUUGCCUAGACGAUGAACUGGAUUCUUUUCCUGAUCUGAAGCAACGGGAAACAGAAGAAGAGUUAGUUGAGAAUGAUCAUAGAGUUAAUACCUCCAAAGUAACAAAGCAGUCUUUUAAAGAAAUAGAAAAAGCAGUUUCCCGACCACUUAAUUUGACCUCAAAUUCAAGAAGUUGGACUGAAUAUUGUAGUGAUGCAAGUGAGUCUCCUUUGAAACAUGUCAGCUAUCCAGUAUCUAAAGCAUCAAAUAAGCAGAGUUUACUUCCACAUCAUGUCAAUCAGAUAUAUGAUGAAUUAUCUCAAAUACAUCAGAAACUACAGUGUGAAACUGCAGCACAACAAGAAUUUGCAGAAGAACUUCAAAAGCGAGAACGUUUUUUAGCUGAACGGGAACAACUGCUUUUCAGACAUGAAACUGCCUUGAGUAAAAUUAAAGGCGUUGAAGAAGAGGUUCUUACAAGGUUUCAAAUUAUAAAGGAGCAACACAAUGCAGAGGUUGAACACUUAACUGAAGUUCUUAAGGAAAGAAAGAAAGAAAGCAAAAGGUUGAGAUCAUCCUUUGAUACAUUGAAAGAAUUGAAUGAUAACUUAAAAAAACAGUUAAAUGAAGUAAGUGACGAAAACCGAAAGAUGGAGAUUCAGGCUAAAAGAGUUCAAGCUCGUUUAGAUAAUUUACAGAGGAAGUACGAAUUUUUGACAAUACAGAGAUUGAAAGGAAAUUCCCAUGCUGCUCAUGAAGUGAAAAGUUUAAAACAAGACAAAAUACCAGUUUCAAAAACCUGUAAGGUUCCGCUUAAUGCACAAGUUUAUGAGCUUUUAACUACCUUCAUGGAUUGGAUUUCAGAUCAUCACCUUAGCAAAUUCAGACAUGAAGAAUCUGGAAUGGAUGGUGAAAAGCCACUAUUCAAACUUUCUUCUCAGAGAAAUGAUAUUCAGGAGAAGUGUGUAAAGCUUUUGCCUGUGAUUGCAGAGCAGCUACAGUGGAUGCCAUAUGUGAAUGCCAAACUUCAUGAGCCUUUUAUAAAGUUUAUAUAUUGGUCCUUAAGGCAGCUGGACAACAGAACACAGCAUUCAACUCUGACAUCAACAUUGAGGAGACUGGGUGAAGACGUAUUCAAAGGAGUAGCAGUUAAGGGAAUUCAUGAUGAUUCUGUAGAGCAUUCUGUGGAGAAUAAGCUGAAGUCAGCUGCUUUCUUUAAGAGCUCCAAUUUACAACUGAGGUUUUUAUCAACUUUAAUUGUUAUUAAAACAGUCACUCAAGCUGAUUAUCUGGCUCAGGCAUUUGAUUCCCUUUGUGUGGACUUGCAGACAGAUGAAGGAAAAACCUUGUUUUUGGAGUAUCAAGCUGUUCCUGUAGUAUUAAGUCAUCUAAAAAUAUCCAGUAAAGGACUCCUAUCCAAUGUCAUUGAUAGUUUGCUUCAGAUGACAGUGGAAUCUAAAUCCUUGCAGCCUUUUCUGGAUGCCUGUAGCAACACUUUAUUUUUUCGUACUUGCUCUGUGCUGCUUCGAACCCCUAAGCUUGAUCUUCAAAUACUAGAAAAGCUCAGUAUUAUUCUACAGAAACUUUCCAAAAUCAAGAGUAAUAAGAAGCUCUUUGAACUCUUCACAAUUCAUAUGAUGCUUCAAGAAAUACAGAGAACAACCCAUCCAGAGCAUGCCUUUCUCUGUAUUAAUCUAAAUUCAACUCUGUUCAAUUUGGGUUUAACAAAAUGUAACUCCCUAGUCUCCAAUGCAAGUCGUUAGACUGGCUUAUUAUUUCGAUACAUUAUAUAUGUCCUUCUUAUUUGUAGAACUAAAAAUCACCAAAGUAACUAAAUUUCUACCAAGUAAAGUUAUCAGUAGCAUCGUUUAUCAUGAAAGAUAAAUACAGAAGCUUUUAUUUUUAAAAUGUUUAAAUGAAAUCUGUCAAAACUAUGGAAUUUUUGGACUGUUUCAGUUCAACUAAUAUAGUAUUCAUGUACAAGACAGAAUUUCCAGAAUUAGUGACACUUGGGUUACUUUUUGUAAAAAGUGUUUUAAGAAAAUUCUUUAUUUAAAUUAUGUGAUUAUUUGGAAUAAAAUUGGUGCUUAUAUGGGA